GAUAGUGGGAGUUGUUCUACACCAUACAACUGUGGGUUAUUUUUAGCCUUACAACACGACUGUAGUUUCACUUCGCCUUGCCCUUGCGCUGCAUUAGUGUCUAUUUUCUUCUUAUGAUCCUGGAAACGAAAACUUUAUUUGUUACAAAUCGACAACAAAAAAUGAAGACCUUCCUUGCUCCAAAAAAGAUGGCCGCGACAAGCGUUCGACCUCCUCGCAUAGUGGAGUAUUGUCGUCUGCAAGUGGGCGGAAGUAGUAGCAGCUCCUUUCGCGGAGUUCUUCUCGGGUCUAUGACAAGCCAAUCAAGGUGCCUGACAUCCUCCUCAACGUCUUCAUCCGCGACAGGCGGAACAACAGCAGGAACGCCAACAAUAUUCUCAACUCCAGCAUCCCCAGGAUCAACCGCAAAUAGUUCAACUCCAACUACCCCUACUUCACCAUGGUCGCCAUCAUUCUCAUUUUUUGAGGCACAACAGCUUCAUCAUGAUACUUUACCUGUAGAUCACAUAAACGCAGCAUCAAGAAUACCAACAUCUAGGACUAGAAAAAUUACGCAUCCUGGUUUGACAAGGAAGAACAAAAAGCCAGCGCCACUAGCUUUGUUACACUUGAAGACAUCUUCGACUUCGACUGGGCUGGAUGUGGAUACUGGUCUCCUGGAGAAAACUCUGUUCCAUGAAGAACCUAAUCCACCUAAUAUUGCUCGUGGCGAUGGUGACACAUCUUGUUCGACCAAAAGCACAUCAAACUCGCCAAGUGGAGGUACUGGGCCAACAUUUUCAAAGCAUUACCGAGGUGGUCGCUUACCUCAGUGUGGGAUCGGGCGAGCGAUAUCCUUAGGACGCACGCUUGACAUAGAAGCACUUGCGAAACGCUUCGUGAAGAUUAGCAAUAAAAC